ACAAAACGACGCGUUUGCAAAACUACAACAACACAAGUAAAUAUCUCAAAUCAAAUCCCCUAACUUAGUGGUCUCUGAGUUAACGUUAUUAUUGUCUGGCGGCGAUGGGUUGGUUACCGAAACCCAUCGUUGUUCGCUCAUGAUACAUCCAAAGCCCUUCUCCUCUAUCCUCUCUCACUCUCAUACCAGAUAUUUUUUUGCCCAACCAUAUCCACUUAUCAUGGCCCAAACCCGAACUUAUCCGGAUUCAAUCCAACCAGAAGAACACCCUGCCCGUAACCUAACCCUUACCGGAGACACACACGUUCAACGCGCGUGGGCUCAUUGGACCAACUUGGGUCGACCUAAACUGAUAGUUGCUCCGAUGGUUGAUAAUUCGGAGCUACCGUUCCGGUUGCUGUGUAAGAAGUAUGGUGCUCAAGCUGCGUAUACUCCAAUGUUGCAUUCUCGGAUAUUCUCCGAAACUGAAAAGUAUAGAAAAGAAGAAUUUACCACUUGCAAGGAGGAUCGACCACUUUUUGUUCAAUUUUGUGCUAAUGAUCCUGAUGUGUUGUUGGAAGCUGCACGCAGAGUGGAGCCUUAUUGUGAUUACGUUGAUAUUAAUCUUGGGUGUCCUCAGCGCAUUGCAAAGCGAGGAAACUAUGGUGCUUUCUUGAUGGAUAACCUCCCUCUUGUGAAAUCUUUAGUGGAAAAACUGGCUCUCAACCUCCAAGUUCCUGUUUCAUGCAAGAUUAGGCUCUUUCCGAAGUUAGACGACACAUUGAAGUAUGCUAGGAUGCUCGAGGAGGCUGGUUGUUUUCUUUUAGCUGUUCAUGGGAGGACGAGGGAUGAGAAGGACGGCAGUAAAUUUCGAGCAGACUGGAAAGCCAUCAAGGCUGUGAAGGAUGCAGUCAGAAUCCCAGUCCUUGCCAACGGGAACAUAAGGCAUAUGGAUGAUGUUAAAGACUGUAUGGAAGCGACUGGUGUUGAAGGGGUACUUUCUGCUGAGACUCUACUUGAAAAUCCAGCCCUCUUUGCUGGAUUUCGCACGGCCGAAUGGGUUUCUGGCUGUGAAGGAGACUUUGUAGAUGGGAAUUUGGAUCAGGCAGAUCUGUUAGUAGAGUAUUUGAAUCUCUGUGAAAAGCACCCUGUGCCAUGGAGAAUAAUACGCUCUCAUGUUCAUAAAUUGUUGGGAGAUUGGUUUAGCCUUCAGCCGCACAUCAGGGAAGAUUUUAAUAAACAAUAUAAAAUUACAUUUGAAUAUCUUUACGACAUGGUCGAUCAACUUAGGGAUACCGGUACUAGAAUUCCACUUUAUCUCAAACGUACUGAAGCGGAGCCUACAGACACAGAUCAACACAACUAGCUUCAAACGACCUAUCCAAGGGUUCAAAGUUAUAAAUCAGAAGCAUCAAACUUAAACCAGAACCAUAGUGAAAUAUGGUCUGCGAGUGGUGGCUCUGCCAAGCAAAGCAAGCAUGUCUACACACUUAUUUACAAUUUUGUAACAAUUAGAAAUUAGAUUGGUUCAAAUCACUUAGGCCUGUUUAUUGUUUUCAUUUUCAUAAAAUACACAUUUUGUGUUGUAUUUGGCUUCAUUCUUAUGCCUAUUGGAAGUGGUGUUGCACACAA